ACUAUACCAAUUCGACCAUUAACGUUUAACCGUUGCUAUAAGAACCGAAUCAGAUCAACGGGUGGGCCAGUAGACCCGCCAAACCAGUUAUGAUAUGCAGGCCGAUCCAUUGCUUGGAUGACUAUUGAUGGACCAAACGAUUUUCACGCUUCAACAUAAAAUCAGAUGAACCACCACGGUGUAACUGGUGUAUUAGUUCACUAUUUUAACCACAAAUUUUUUUAAGGAAAUAAUUUAACAUACACUAAGACCAUCAAAGAAGAAUUAUUAGUUUUAUUUCUGUUUCCUCUUCUUAUUUUCCAACCUCGUUGUUUACUUUACAUGGUCCGCUAUCGACUGGCACCAAAAUUUAGCUUCAAUUAAUAAAAUUAUAAUUUCUUUUAUGAGACGAUUUGGAUGCUUUGUUCAAUUACUUUUCCAAUUCAAUGUACGAUCUGGUUCUGAAAACAGGGAUUAACUCACUUAGCGGAACAAUGGUCGAAAUAGGUUUCGCGAGAAAAUGGAACCACCGUUCGGAUUUUAUUUUCUUGCCAAAUGAACGCGGGAGCCUCAUUACGACCCCCUGGAACUGGAAGAAUAAUUACCUUCUUAUCGAGUGGAGUGACACAGUAUACCCCCAAAAUUGCCGGAGCCGAUUAGAGGAACGCCGGGAGCUUUCUCCAAGAGGAUCUUCAGCAGCAAUUCUCCACAAGAGCAAGCCGACCGAUUAAUUGACAAAAUGCCUGUCAGGGUGGUGGAAAGCUCAGUCCCUUCUCAAGUUUCAGGGCCGAACUCCGGGCACCAUUCGCCGCAGAUUUCUUCCCUGUUGAGCGUCGGGCAGGCCUUUUCUGGAAGUCAGAAUGUUUCUAGCUUACAAAAACAAGAGGCUUGGAAAGUUAACGUCCGAAUUCAAGGAUGUGAUUUGGAUAGGGGUUAUCUAUGUGGCACUAUGGAAGCUCUUAAUGUUCCAAUGGCAGAUACACCAGUGGUAACUUUCUGGGAAGGGGAGAUUGUUGACAUCAAGAACUACACGUUCUUCACUGGGAAAUGGGAGGCAAUGCCAGAUGAUGAUAUAAAGCACUGGACCAAGUUUCCAUCUUUUGCGCCGUUUCAGAGUCAAGUUCAGGCUGAUGGCGGCAAAUCUCUGGAUUUGAGUAACUAUCCAUUCAUAUUCAUGAGAUGGAAGGAACAGUACUUUGUGAACGUCGGAACUGACUGUGGAUUAACCAUAGCUGGAUUUUACUAUGUAUGCUUCUCUUGCGCUGAUGUUACCAUCAAUGGCUUCUAUUAUGAUCCUAACAGCAGCCCGUUUCAGAAGCUGGAACUCAAAUCGGCAAACGAGGGGAAAACAGGCUUCAGUUUUUCGUCCUACGAGUUACAGUGAGAUCGGACACCGCCCCCCCUUGUUGCACGAGAAUAAUGAGCACCAAAGAUGUUGAGUAGUUUUUAUCAGCUUUUGUGCUGCGUCUUUCAGUGUGAAAUGUUUAGUAUGUACAAGUGGCUUUGCAGGAAGAAUCUGAUCCAGCCCGGGGCAAGCAACUCUGUUCGAAUGUUUUAUCGACUACGGACAUGAAAUAGGUUUUCGUUAACCUUGUUGAUGUAACAACGGUGAUAGAUGUUUGACCUGGUUUAGUUUCUGUUAUGUUGUGAUACCUGUCUGAACAUUUUAGUACCACAGCGAUCAUAUGAGUUGUGAAUCAAAUAGUCUCACCGGUCACCGGUUCGAUUAUGGUUUCACAGAAAACUCCGCUGGACAGAAAGAAAAACACAGAGAAAAG